AACCACAAACAACAACGAUCAAAUCGCAAAACGUGAAAUCCUGUAAAAAACGUAAUUUUAAAUUACCGAUUUAGUGCAGACAUGUGCUUAUUUUCCAGAAUUUUUAAAUAAAAACUAUAACAGUUGUUUUUUUAAAUAAAAGUUGUAAAACGUAAUAGACAAACGGCAAUGCUAUGUUUAUCAUUAUUAAUUCAUUGAGAGGAUUACUUAAAUCAAGAUAAACGAUAAUAUAAUCUACCAAAAUGAUUGUGCGUUUAUGUUAUCUGUAUAGUUAUAGUAAUACAAAAAUGAAAACAUAUGAUAAUCCUGAUAAAAUAUCUGUUGGUGCUUAAAAAAAUCAUUCACUGAAAAUGGUUUUUCUAGAUUAUCUAAAAAUUUUACUAGUAGGGUUUAUUCUAUUGUUACCGUUUUUAUAUGAAAGCAGUCAAUAUUUUAAAUAUUAUUUUAAAUUUGCCCUUUAUUACUUACUAGUUGGUUAUGUUAGCCUUGUAAUGAUCCCAGUUUUUUUGUUUAAACCCAGAAAUGUUCAUAAUUUACUUUUAGCAACUGCCAUUUGUCGCUAUAUAUCACCAUUAAUUGGUGUACAAUGGGUUCUUCGAGGAAAAGAAGUGUUAGAAAAGGAAAAUGCUUGCAUCAUAGUGUGUAAUCAUCAAAGUUCAAUUGAUGUAUUAGGGAUGUUCGAUAUUUGGCACAUAAUGAGAAGGUGUACUGCUAUAGCGAAGCACGAAUUACUAUAUGCGUUUCCAUUUGGACCAGCAGCAUGGUUAGGAGGGCUAGUGUUUGUCGACAAGAGUAACGCCAGUCGCGCUCGAUAUCAAGUUAACGUUGCAGCCGAGGAAGCCAAAAAGGACAAUAUAAAGUUGUGGGUUUAUCCUGAAGGCAAACGUAAUGAUACAGGCAAAAUACAUGAAUUUAAGAAAGGAGCAUUCCAUAUGGCACUUCAUGCUCAAUUGCCAAUUGUUCCUGUUGUUUUCAGUCAUUUCUAUUUUUUGGAUGGAUACAGAAAACGAUUUAAUUCGGGUAAAGUUAUUGUAACAGUAUUACCACCAAUCUCGACGGAAGGGUUACCAAUUAGUAAAGCAACAGACUUGGCAGCUGAAACUAAAUUGGCAAUGGAAAAAGUUUUUUAUUCGACUAGUGAAGAAGUUAAAAGGAAUGUAAAUUGGAACUCUUCAAAUAAACAAAAUUAAAAAUCGAGCGCCAUUUAGGUACAUACUUAGCAUAUACGUACUUCAAUCAAAAUUGCAAUUUUAUUUAUUUUACUACUUUUAUAUAAUCAUAUUUAUUCACUUUUUAUACGUCUUUUAUAUACGCCUGCGCCAUGAAAAAACAAAUUUUGUUGAAUAAACUACGCAAUAACAUGUCAAUCAGUCUAUGACCAAAUUUUACACCAGUUAGUGUUUGACUUGAAAUAAUUAUCCAAGAACGUUUAAGUUCUUCUAUAAAGUUUACCAGUGCAGGAUUUUAUGUUGAAAUAAUGUAUUAUUUAUUGAAGUUAAAAUUUUAAUAUAUCAGAUUUAACUUCAUAGACAAUUAAGCUUUUUUAAUGUUUUAUAUUGUACAUGUAGGAAAACGUUAAAUAAGGAACCCCAAUGUUUGUCAAUCAGUGUUGCCAUAUUUUGUUACCUGAAUAAUAUGUAUUACCUAUCUACAUUUAAAUUUACAUUGUUUAUUUUACCGUAAGUAUUAUUUUAAAUUUAUGAUUUAUACAAUUAACAAACCAAUUUUGUACCAAUUUGAAGAUAAUAAAAUGUCAACCAAUUGUUUUAA